GGUGUUUCCUUGGUGCAAAGAAAAAAAGAAGUCAUGAUAGACAAUGUAACACAACAAGAAUGGCUUAGCUAAUUUCUUACAAGAAGACGAAAUCUAAAGACGAGCAAAGCCAAUACAAUGAUGUCAACUCAUCCGGAGCCUGACGAAACGGAGACAGAUGAGCCCACGCCUGCCUCACCCGAUUUCUUUCUCGAGUCUCCGAGGAAGGUCGAUCUCGGUAGUCAACGAGUCAAUGGCGACGUCGAUGGCUUCGUGUCUGUGGCGGCUGAUCGUGAUAAGCACAGGUUUUCUCUGACCACAGAUGUCGGGUCGAGUCUGGACACGGCAAGUGGAGGUGAGCAGCCAGUAUUCGACGUGUCUCCAACAAGAAGUAGGAUCAUGGCUUCAAAUAGCUCUGCAACUUCUCAGCAGAAGAUGAACUUUGCGACACUCCUCGAGAGUCCGCCAGGGCCGAUCGUUCGACGUUCGAAGUCGUUUCAUGAUGAGCGAGACCGCGGUUUGAUGACCAAGGUCGUGACGAAUAUUAACACUAGUAGUGUAGGGGAUCCAUCUCUCCUAGAAUCUCGAGUUAGCUUGCUAGAGAUCAACCUCGCUAGAAAACGAGACACAUUAAACACUGUUCUCGCCAGAGCUAAGCGGCACUUCUUGCAGUUGGUUUUUCGCGGUUGGAGCACCUUGGUCCGGACAGCGAAGAAGUCGAACGAAGUACGCAAAUGCAAAGAACAACUAAAAACAGUACGUCUCGAGAAUUUGGUUGGGAGAUUCACAUCAUUAGUGCAGCAAAAAGUGAACCUGUUGAAGCAAGCGGCACUUGUGGAGUUGAGAACACAUCGAGACUUUGUCUCUUUCGGACAAAUCGUGGCUUCGAGGAUUCAAGCAGAAAGUUCGUCGCAUCAACGCGAAACUGAUGAUCUGCGUUGCGCUUUUGAGCAGCUGAAAGUGGGGGCGCAGGAAGCAGUUGCCACAAGAUCCACGAAGUUGGAAGAGUUAUGGAUUUGAAGUCUUUUUUUCUACUCUAGUUUGUUUCAGGGUAAGUAGGUAAUCUGUGACUGCUGUCACUCACAAUCUUUGCUCUAAAGCCCGUCCAAAAGGAGUUUGCUGCUUAUCGCGAAACUGCAGCCACAGAAAUCGCUCUGAGCCGCACUGAGAAGGACCACUUACAAAAGGACCUUUCCGCUUUACAGCACAGAAUACGAGAGCGCGAAGCAGAGUACGAAAAGGUGAGAAAAGCCGCGGAGAAAAGAAUUCAGAAUCUACAAGCAGAGUUAGAGGCGCGAACUUCGGAGUUUGCACAACAGCAGACGACACUUGCGGAGCUACGUGCCACAGCAGAUAGUGUCUUUUUAAGGCUAGAUCGUCCUAGGACUGAACUAGGAUCUUUUUCUUCAGGACAGACAUUGCCUACUGGUGUGCAAUGUCUAACUAUCGUGAAUGAGACGCUUCCACUGGCGUACAAGGGAAGUGAAAUCAAGGAGAAAAAGAGCAACAGUCUCAUCCGCAGAUAGUGACAGUUUCUAGCGUUAAUCUCUCCGCGUCUGGAACAGAGAAUCCGUGAGCUCACUGAUGCGCGGGCUCAAGACCUCUCCAGGUUCGCUGAAGUCGAGCGACAGCGUGACUCCGAAAAAGAAGCAUUACAACGCGAAUCAAGAAAGCGGGAAAGCAGGUUACAAGAAGGGUUACGAGAAGCGGAGGACCGACUGAAAGAGGCAGUGAAGUUAAAGGAAGCAGAGCGAAUGAAAAGUGAAUGUUAAGAUAACAAACCACUCUGGGUGCUUUUUGUUUACAAAUUCUUACGGCUUCCCCUAAUCCAUCUUCCGAAGCAUCUUAGCGACGUUUUCAAGGGGAAAGCAGUUUCAGGAUGGACUUGGGGAUGGAUUAGGGUGAGCUCUAAUUAUAAAUUCAGUACAUGUAGUACUGUGAUCUUGACUAUGGCUAUGCUGCAGAAGUUCGUUUUUCCUUAAUUCAGUCCAACGUAGUAGCAGUUGUUCCAAUAGAGGAUGGGGAUACUUAAUUGCAUUUUUUGUUCCCAGCUCGAACUCAGAGGACUCAAACUCAAACUCCAUCUUCUAAUACCUCACUCUCGAGCAGCGAGUUCGAGAACUGGAGGAAGAGGUUGCACGAAGAAGGCAAGAAACGACACGUGCUAGACACGAAACGACGCUGCUAGACGAGGAAAAGACUGCAGAAAUUUCUCGGAUGAAGCGAGAACACAGUCUAGUUCUGGAUAAGCUCACUGCGAAAGUUCAGGGAUAUGCAGAUGCAACAGAGGAGGAGAGGAUAAAGUGGGUAAUGAAUUUCUAGAGGAUAAAGUAACUGGAGCAAAGCUUUCUUUUUUAGAACGAGAUGAGAAGAUGUUUAUUUAGUUUUAGCUUGCGCUUCUACACAACCUACCAAAGAACAUGGUAGACAGUUUGCGUCUCAAUCAAAUAAAACCAGGCCCGCGAGCGUGAAGACUAUGAGCACAAGGUGUCCAACCUUUCGCGGAGUAUCGAAGAUCUUGAGAACAGCAACAGGGAGUUGAAGGACGAACUUGCGCAGAAGCAAAAGGAGGUGGAACAGCAAAUACAGCAGAGGAGUGAAGCGCUAGACGUCGAAAUAAAGCAGCAACAUCUAGAACGAACCAGAAUGUUCGAGACGGAGCUGGAACUUGCUUUACAGCAGCAGCGCAGUGAAUUGGAGGAAGCUUUCGCAACCCGGGCAAUAGAUGCGCAAAAGCACUUCCGUCGACAAAGCAGUGAACAACUAGCGAAGCUCUUAGCCGAGCACGGUCAGGCGGUCGACUCUUGGCAGCAGCAACAGGAGUCACUACAGGAACAGCUAGUGUCUCAAAAAGAACAAUGCUCAAGGUUCGAGAAGGUGGCUCAUGAGCGUGGAGAUGUGCUGUUGAAAGUAGAGGAAAUAUUGAUGAAAGAAGAGAGAACGCAAAAUAAUGGAACAGCGACAAAUAGUGUUACAGCUACAAUUAAGGCUCAGCUUUCAAUGGUCAUUGGGGUUGGUCACUGAGAUCGAAGAGGCGACCCCUUGAGAGAACCAACAGGGGAAAUAUACGAAGGGAAAGGGGAGAGCUUUGAAGGGGGUCGCUUCCGUUCCGCAUCAGUGAGCAUUGAAUUCUGAGCUUUAAUACAAAUAAUCCUAAUAAUGUUAAUGGCACAAGAGCCGAGGCUUCUUCUUCUUCUUCUUCUUCAUCGAUUUCAUCCUCUUCCUGUUCCUCCCAUCCACGACAUGAAGCUGCUGAAAUGAGUGGGUCGGGCGGUCUAGGUGUAUGUUUAUCUUCGACAUCUUCACCUCUACCAGAAGAUUCUUCUUCAAGAAACGAGCAAGGAGAGGAAUCCUGUGAAACAACGAUGGCGGCAGCUGCAUCUUCAGACCAAGGCCAAGCAUGUGCAUCAACCUCGUCUUCGUCCUCUUCAUCUUCACCAUCAUCUCCUGACUCCGACCCAAGAGUAAAGCACUAUGCAGACUUACCAUUACGCAUAGGAAAUCUGUUGCAGUCAAUGCGUGCUCAGGCAGAAGCUGACUGGUCAGCUGGGGCUGAGCUGGAUGCAUACGAAGCCUUAGUAGCACAAAUGCAAGAAAAGAUUAUUGCCCAAAGUCGUGAGCUAAAGAGUAUCGCAGACGAAAGAGACAUGCUUGUGCGUGCGGCAGUUACUAGAAGUAGAACAUGAUGUAGUAUUUUUACCUUGAAGAUAAACUGUUAAAAAACAAGAAAGGUUCUUGUUGAGCAGUGAAUCUACCUAAGAAACUCAGAGCGAACUACCCGCCAAGAAGAACAUAAUUAUAUUAUUCCUAUGCUGGUGUUCAUUUUUACUCGCAGAUCUUCGCAGUACGCAAAUGGAUUCAUACUUUCUGGAGUCGGGGCCGGGUUUUUGCCCCGCGGUGUUGCGGGGUGAGUGAGGAGUUC